AACGACGCCCACGCUAAGCAACAGAAGGAGGGUUCCUCCUCGCUGCAAUCAAGAAUACAUUGAGGCAUGACCCUCUCCUGAUGAGUGAAGCCGGCGCAUCCAGUCCUCAGACUGGCGGUCCUGGAGCUGUUGUUCGCCGUGGACGUCCUGCUCCAAGGGAUGUGAACUACUUCUUGGAGGUAGGUCGAAUGCACACCAACACAAUACAUACGAGUACUCACACAUCUGCACUGAUGAUUUCUUUCUCUGAUUCCCAGAAAAUCUCUUUCGGCCCAGCACAGUUGUGGGUGGCGAUUCUGUGGGUGUUUUCGGAUGGAGCCGAGGUCUUCACAUUGUCGGUCAUCAACACGACCAUAGGCGCCGACUGGCAGCUCUCCCCGAUGAGCAAGGGGUUCCUAAUGUCCAUGGUCUGUCGACAGGGCACGCAACACAAGCACAGGCACAAAACACACACACACUGACCCUUAUUCCUGUGGUGGAUGGAUGGCCAGCUCCUGGUCGGCCUGGGCACCGGCAGCGCUAUCUCUGGGUGGCUAUCGGACGCUUAUGGGCGGAGGAAUUCCAUCCUGAUGGCUCUCUGCGGCAUCAUCGCGAGCAACCUGACCACUUUGUUUGCCACCGGCUACUGGUACAUGCUCUUCUGUCGGCUUCUGGCGGGUAUAUCAGUGGGGUUUGGGAUACCGGCAUGGUGAGGGAGGGGGGGAGGGGGGGAGGAAAGGAACGCGCCAUCUCACAUCAACCCCCACUACACGCCUUCUGACUCUCUCUCUUUUCCUAUGUCUUUGUGUCUGUGUGUCUGUCUGUCUGUCUGGUAGGCUUUCGCUCAUCAAUGAGCUUUCGCCCAUCCGAGCCAGAGCGCCCCUGCAGGCAAUUGGCGGCUUUUUCUUCCUCGUGGGCUCGUCAUACGCCUGUGUCUCUAUCAUUAUUGUUGACCCCAUGAUGCAGCACCUCUCGUGGCGGCUGCUGCUGGUGUGCGCCACCCUCCCGGCCAUCGUUGCCAUUGGACCGGCCAUAGUGUACCUGCCGGAGAGCCCCCACUUCUUGCUCGUCAAGGGCAGAGGCGAGGAGGCCAGGCAAGUGCUGAGAUCUCUGGCGCGCACCAAUGGGCGGACAAUAAAGGAGCUAGAGGAGGAGAAUGCGAUUAGCAUGCCUGAGCAGGCGGCAGCUGCCGCGGCCAGUGAGGAGGGGGCGGGCAUGAGCACUAUCGGCAUCCUGUUAGGGAGAAAGUACCUCUUCUCGACCAUUGUGUUGUGCUAUUCAUCUUGCUGCUUCAAUCUGACCAUAUACGGCCUAUUGGUGAGCCCCAGCCGCUGAUGCGCUGAUGUGUGGCUUGAUGCCGUUUGUCUGUCUCCUUGUCUGUCUGUGUUGGUGUGUGUGGUUGGUUGUCAGUACGCUCUUCCCCAGUGCUUCCCCGCCAUGGAGCAGACAAGCCACAUCCCUCCUGGGUACGCAGCACACCCCCUGCCAUCCAUCCAUCCACACGGACAUACAUCCAUACCAAUAGACAGACCCAUGUGGCGGUGGAUGGAUGGAUGGCUGAUGGAUGGCUGAUGGAUGGAUGGGCAGGUACGCUCUUUUGAUCGGCGAGGUGUUUUUUUCAUUGAACUGCGUCCCUCUAUUGUACGCCGACGUCCUUCCGCGGGUCGUUUCCAUCUCGUCUCUCCUGCUGCUCGAGGCGACCAUUCUUUUGUCCUUCUCUGGGGCGCUCGUCACUGGCCUGACCACUCUUGCGACCGUCAUCAUCAUGACUGCGAAGCUCGUGGGCCAGACGGCCUUCUCUUUCGUCUACUUCUUCGCGUCUGAGUUGUACCCGACAGUGGUGCGGGCGUCUGGGGUGUCGCUUGCUGUGGCAAUGGGCAGACUUGGUGGCAUUUUCUCUCCAAUGCUGUUCGAGGGGCUGACGAUGGCCAUGGCGCCCCCUUCAUCACCCAGCACCCCGGCGCCCAGUUUGUGGGCUUCUUCCUGCUGGUGGCCGUGUGCGUGCUCGCCGACGCGAUGCUCUUCUCCUGCGGUAUGAAAGAGAUGACAACCAAUCUGUCGUUAUCUAUGCUGGUCUGAAACAGUGCCCUUCGAGACGCGCGGGCAGGCCCUGCUGGACGUGUACACCGAUGUCCGCCAAGACACGCGCUACUCCGAGACACCGCUGCAGCGGGCCGUAUCGCACCGAUAUCACCGAGAUCUCGAGGAGGAGGACCAUGACGGCACCGGCCCCCCACGAAAGCUCUCCGUGCCGAUUGCCGUGGAGAAGAGGCUGAAAGGCAGGCAGCUGGGGAACGCGCCUUUAGUGGGUGAUGCGAGCAGAGCAGAAGAUUACCAGGCGUGUCGGUGAAUGCGGGGGACAGCGGUGUGUGGGUGACAGGCGGGAGGGCUUCAUGAGUGUGUGAUGGUGGGAUGCGAUGGCGAUAGCAUGGUAUCUAUCAGG